AUCGAUUGGUUAUCGUUUGGCCGCCACAAACUACCAUAAAGACGUCAAGCGUAUCAUGGUUCAUUUUAUUGUCGUGAGCGUGAGUGCAAGUGCUUUAAUAAAACAAAAGAUUUAAAGAAAUUGCCGUAUUUAAUUUGGGCCUGGCAAACGCGCGAACAUUUGCGCAGGGCGUUCAGUGUGGAAACAACACUCCCCGGCCGCCGACUAUCCCCGUGACGCUGCAACUAUUGUGUUUUUGUUGUCGUCUUCCCGGCAGCCAUGUCCGACUACAGCGACUUGGACCGCCAGAUCGAGCAGCUAAAGCGCUGCGAGAUAAUUAAGGAGAACGAGGUGAAGGGCCUGUGCGCCAAGGCGCGCGAAAUACUCGUCGAGGAGGGCAACGUGCAGCGCGUCGAUUCGCCGGUGACCGUCUGCGGCGACAUCCAUGGCCAGUUCUAUGAUCUGAAGGAGCUGUUCAAGGUGGGCGGCGAUGUGCCCGAGAAGAACUAUCUGUUUAUGGGCGAUUUUGUGGAUCGCGGCUAUUACAGCGUUGAGACAUUCCUGCUGCUGCUGGCGCUCAAGGUGCGCUAUCCGGAUCGCAUUACGCUGAUACGGGGCAAUCACGAAUCUCGCCAAAUCACACAGGUGUACGGCUUCUAUGAUGAGUGCCUGCGCAAGUACGGCUCGACGGCCGUCUGGCGCUAUUGUACCGAAAUAUUUGACUACCUCAGCCUCUCGGCCAUUAUCGAUGGCAAGAUAUUUUGCGUGCACGGCGGUCUGUCGCCCUCCAUACAGUAUUUGGACCAGAUAAGGAGCAUCGAUCGCAAGCAGGAGGUGCCGCACGAUGGGCCCAUGUGCGAUCUGCUGUGGAGCGAUCCCGAGGAUCAGACCGGCUGGGGUGUAUCGCCGCGCGGCGCCGGCUAUCUAUUUGGCUCCGAUGUCGUCUCACAGUUCAAUCGGACCAACGACAUCGACAUGAUCUGUCGCGCCCAUCAGCUGGUCAUGGAGGGCUUCAAGUGGCAUUUCAACGAAACCGUGCUGACCGUCUGGUCAGCGCCCAACUAUUGUUAUCGCUGCGGCAAUGUGGCUGCCAUUUUGGAGCUGAACGAGUACCUGCAUCGCGACUUUGUCAUCUUCGAGGCGGCCCCGCAGGAGAGUCGCGGCAUACCCUCGAAGAAACCACAGGCCGACUAUUUCCUCUAAAAAUGGGGAUGCGCGCAGCCAACACGAAACCAAGACAAACGGCACGCUCCGCACGGAUGACCUGAUCGGACACUCACCCGGAGCGCUGCAUCAUUGAUAACUGCCUGCCUGCCUCAAGCAACAAGAAAUUAAUCAAUUAUAUACAACUUGGAACCCUUAACAUUUAAGGCCUCAGCGACACAGACACACCCACAAUCCACAUAAAGUACCCAGCCCCAGGAUUCCGAAAAGAGUUUCAACAUCCCUGCACACUCAUUUUUAUUCUCAUAGCGAUUCAACCCAAUCCAAUCCAUUUUCCAAUUACUUUCUAAGCAUAUAUGCACAUAUAUAUAUAUAUAUAGAUAAUUAAGACGUUUUUUUUUUUCUUCUCUUAUUUUAAAUUCAAAUUUCAUAUAUUUUUUAUUGCUCAUUUUGUCGUGUGUCUUUUGUACUCUGUCUAGCUGUCUAGCUGAUUAGCUGAUUUACUAUUAGAUCUAGAGCGCUGCACGCAACCGAAUCCCGGCCCCUCCCCAGCCCAUUAAGGGGGGCGUGGGCGUGGCUUCUGUGCAUAGUGCAGUCAUUAGACAUAAGCCCUAACAUAUAGUCCAUAAGCAAUAAUAAUUAUAGUUCUCGAGUCAGUUUCAGGCAAAAAACAAAAAAAAACAAAAAAAUAAAAAUCCCUCUCGUCCAACGUAUGCAAAUGGAAACCGAAAUAAUAAAAACAAUAACAAAUGCAUUGUAAUAAUAAUAAUUAUAAGCAAUUAAGCAGCAAACCCAACAGCGUGUGAGGGAAUAUGUUUAUUCACGUUUUUGCACGCCACACACACAUAUAUAUAUAUAUAUAUAUCUAUAUAUAUUUAUGAAGCAUAUUUAAAAAUAGAAUUUGUAAGCUAGCGCGUAUUUAAAAUCUAAACGCAUUUUUUCUUCUCGCACUCCGCCAAAGGAGCAGCAGGAGACUUGGCAGCUUGGCUUCUUAACUCGGUGGACCAUGUCAACUAGCUCUCUCAGAGUCCUUGAUAGCCCAUGUCGGGCAGUUAGCUAAGAUAGAGUUCCUCUAAAGUUUAGGUCGGGCCUGCUUAUAGUCUUAAGAGUCAGCAGCUCAAUCGAGCAGACUAUAUAUCUGUGUAUCUAUAAGACUUAUCCGAUCCCAUAGAGGAUAUAUAUACGUAUUCUUGUUAAGCAUAGAGGAUACAUAUACAUAGAGGAUAUAUAUAAGUAUAGAUGAUACAUAUACAUAGAGGAUAUAUAUACAUAGAGGAUAUAUAUACGUAUAGAUGAUGAUAUAUAUUCAUGGACGAUAUAUAUACACAGAGGAUAUAUAUAUUCAUGGAGGAUAUAUAUACAGAGAGGAUAUAUAUACACAAGGGAUAUAUUCAUGGAGGAUAUAUAUACAGAGAGGAUAUAUAUACAUAGAGGAUAUAUGUACAAAACGGAUAUAUAUAUUCAUUAAGGAUAUAUAUAUGAACAUCUUGUCGCUUUCUAUGUUUAAAGCUUUUACGAUUUAAAGCGAUCUUGCUGAAAUCUGGCAUAGAUCCGUCCUUUUGUUGCAGGCAGUUGUUUGUGCUUAUGUCGGAGUAGGGCGGAUCGGCCUACUAUAUCAUAUAGCCAAAGUGUAAUAUAUUUUUUGUAACUCCUAAGGGAACAAUUUGUCGGUAUUGUCAGAUUAUUCAAACUUCCCACUUAGUUCUACUUUCUUGUUAAUAACUAAGCUGUUUUCUGACGCUCUGAGCAGGGUAUUUGCGCAGUCGGUUGCAAUCGGCUGCUAUCGCCACUUGUGCCACGCCCCUAAAACAAUUCCAGAUGUGUUCUGCAGUUGGCGCAGUUUAUUCGCAUGCACUUAGGAACUAGACGCAUAUAUUAAAAUAAUAAUAAAAAAAAAAAUUAAAGACAAUUACGGAUCACAUAUAUCAAGGGUCGCUUGCAACAUUCCUGCCGCAAGGGGUUUGUCCUUUAGUGC